GAGCCCAUUUUGGCCUAGUAUUUUACCCAAUGUUUGGCAUGUCACUGCCAUCAAGAACGUUUAGUUCACAAAGCCUCAUGGAUGGUGAAGCUUUGAUUAGUUCCCAAGACCUUGGGAGCAUGACGGAAAUUGAGAUGCUAGCUGAACUCAAACAGCUAGAGGAUCUUAAGCGACAGGUUGAGGCUCAACGGCCAGUUGCUGCACCCCUUCGUGGAAAUGAUGUGACAGUGCCUGCUCCCGAUGAUCUUCAUGAGCAUGUGGAUUCUGACCCUUAUCUUCAUGACCAAGAACCUGAUCCCUCCACCACCAUUGCCCGGCAGCUCUCCUUUGCAGCUGCGAUGGAACCUCCGGAAACUCCUGCACGUGAGCUGGUUGACAUCCCGACCGUUGUGGCUGGAUUGUCCCGAUCAGCAGCUAAAAAACGGGUUGGGAGAUUGAUGCAACGGAAGGCAGAUGGAACUUUCAAGGUCCCAUCAGAGCUUGCUGAUGCUUGGGCCAGUGGUGACCAAGAUUCAAUGGUGACAGAGUUCAUCGAUGCUGGUUUGGACAAGGAAGUCUUCAUCAAACGGAGCCUUCGGCGAAUCAGGGAAAAGACAAAAGAGAAGGAACUUUGGGUUGAUGGAAAGUUCAUUUCAGAAGACCAUAUGAGAGAUGAACUCAAGCUCAAAGAGUCCAGAAUCAAGCGCAUCAAGGAGAUUUGUCAGAAGAAAAAGGGUUGGAUUCGGCGUGACCAAUAUGAGAAGAAUGUGAAGCUCUACUGGUAUGAGGGCAACAUCAGCGGGCGAAAGCUGAAGCGCAAACGCGACACCGUGAUUGGGGAGGGUUCAUCUGACGUGGAUGAUGCUGAUCUUGAAGAUAGUGAUAUGGAAUUGGAUGAUGAGUUCAAUCACAAAGAGAUUCAGAUGGACGCAGAUGAUGAAGCAGUUAGCGAAAGAGCGGAGGACAAGCUCACGGAAGCGCAGGCUUUGAAACAAAUCACCUUUCCAGAAAUGGAUGAUGAUGGACUCCCAAGUUCGUACAUAGCAAAGGUUUUGACAUGUUUGGGCAAGUGGCAAGUGAAGAUGGGUGAUCUCAGUAUGAAAUUGAGUUCCGGUGGACAUCGUUCGUUGAAACCGUUGGCUGACAAAACCAGUGAGCGAGACAAGAGCCUUGCGGAGUGCACGGAGAAGCUCGCUGAGUUGAACACCCAUGGCAUUUGUCAUGGCUUUACAGCAAAGCACCAAUCAGAGUUGAAAACCAUCUUUCAUCAGUCCAAGGCAGAGUGCAGGGAAGCUCUCUGCCUGCAGAGCCGUGCCGUGCCGUUCCUGAAGCACAUCAACCAGCAGCGCAAGAGGGUAAAGCAAGAACAGUGAGAUGUCAUGGCAAUGCAAGGUCAAAGCCAUAGAUCUUUA